AUGCCGGGCAAGGGUAAAGAAGUAGCUCUCCGGACAGACCCCGUCGUCGUCGAACCCUUAAGUGAGCACACGGCGACGGUCAUCUUCCUCCACGGUCCCGGCGACACCCCAGAGAUUCUUUCCGGGCCAGUCGAGCAUUGGAGGGGCAAUGGCCAAGUCGACCAUGUCAAGUUUGUGCUCCCGUAUGCGCCGGUGAUUCCUCUCACAGCGAAGGGGGGAGUGUCUAUGCCUGCGUGGUUUGAUAUAGUAAGUCUUCCUCCCGCUGCCGACGAGGACGUAGCCGGCAUCUUUGCCAGCAGAGACUACAUCCAGAGCCUCAUCACGGACGAGAUCAGCGCCGGGACACCAGCAGAGCGCAUCCUGCUCGCCGGCUUCUCGCAGGGCGGCGCGGUGGCCGUUCUCGCGGGCCUGACGUACCCCAAGAGCCUUGCCGGCAUCGCGCUGCUCUCGGGGUGGCUCCCGCUCAUCGACAGCUUCAGGGACUACAUGCCCGAAGAAAAUGCAAACAAGGAGACGCCCAUUUUCCUGGGCCACGGCAUGGAAGACCGGACGGUGACGCUGGAGAUGGCGAAGAAGAGCCGGGAUGCGCUGACGGGGAUGGGCUUUGCAAUCUCGUGGGAUGUAUAUCCCGGACUGGGUCAUGCGACUUGCGAGGACGAGCUGGAUGAUGUCGAGGCCUUUAUCGACGAGCAGCUGUCCUGA